CAAAUCGCAUUAGAACAGCCAUAUGGUAUAUGAUGGAGGAAGAGAAGUGUCAUAGCCAUGGUAAGAACAUGUGGAAGCAACUAGACAUGAUAUAGACAGUUUCUUUCAUUCUCUGUCAACGUUAUCUUCUUGGCAGCAAGCGGCGAGAGAAAAGAUACAUAAAAACAAACAAAAUCAGUCGUCAUACAAAAUAUGAAUAUCAUUUGGUAGAUAAAGUGGCUUCUAAUAUAACAUAACACGGCGUCUUUCGUCUGGUAGAAUUAUCAACUUUAAUCGUCAUAUCAUCGUACUGUACCUGAAUGCGGUUGUAGAGAAAGCGAAAGACAGUAUACAUAGUGAAAUUUGUACACACGCAGUUUAAAUUGUGAGAUAUUAUAACUAUUUCAAUUGAGUCAAAAAAGGCACUAGCUAUUUGAAUUGCAUCAUUACACAUGAGAGUUAGAAUUGUGUUGUGGUAAAUUUAUUGACUGUAACAAGGUUCAAAAAAGGAAUAAGUACUAUGGUGCGAAUGUAUUACUUCUACGCACAUUAGACAAGAUGCACAGACGACGUGGGUCAGCUCCAGCUGUUAUUUUACACCAACAACUUUCAAAAUAUAACAACUGGGAUAAGAACGGUUUCAUCUCCGAAGAUGGCAAGAAAGAAAAAUUAAAGGGAAAAAAAUUAAGUUCAAAAAGUGAUUUUUCACGAAGCACCAGUCCAAUGUUUCCUCCAAUGGAAAAACUUAGCGAAGAAGAUAAAAGUAAAGAACAAACUUUGAGUGAUUCUUCUAUCAACAAUUUAAUUUGUGCAAAUGGUUUUAUGAACAAUCAUUAUAGCCUUUCAAGAAGACCGUCGAGUCCAACAACAAACGAACGCAGGAACGAUAAAUGUUCAGGCAAACGAUUAACAAUAAGAGGGCAGCAUUAUUGUUCAACCGAGAUAGCCAGUGUUACUCGAAAUAAUAUGAAAAAAACUGGGUCAAUAAAAGAUUAUCAUAUAGUCUUAUUGGGCCAAGGUGGAGUAGGGAAAUCUGCUCUGCUAGUACGUUUUUCCACUGGAAGAUUCAUUUAUGAAUAUCAUCCUACGUUGGAAAUGAACUAUGAAAUGCUUGCAGAGAUCGACGAUGAGAUAGGAGAUCUUCAUAUUUUAGACACGGCUAAUACGACUGAGCCAGUAUAUUUAAAUGAAGGCCAAGGAUUUAUUGUUAUUUAUUCCAUCAAUGAUCGUCUAAGUUUUGAAACUGCGAAGCAGUUGGUCAAGCUCAUACGUGAAGUGAAGAAAGCUAAAGGUUCUUCGAUUGUCUUAGUUGGCAACAAAGUAGAUCUUAAAUACGAUCGAGUUGUACCAAGAAAAGAAGGUCGCAACUUUGCAGUUGAAUACGAAUGCACGUUUUAUGAAACAUCAGCUAUGAACAAUAUCAAUGUCCCAGUAAUAUUUCAUGAUCUUGUCAAACAGAUGAGAGUUAUUUCGAAAAAGAACGGUAAUGGAAGAAUGAACACAUUGAAAAACUUUUUUGCAAGAUGAUAAUGAUUUCAUAGAUGCAAUUUAUAGGAGAUUGACGGUUUAACUUAAAUUGUUCUAAACAAAAUUCUUCAUGUUGACUAGACGAAUAUUUAUGAGCUAAAUAGCUAUAAUGUACAAACAAUAUGAGAGAGAAAUUAUGUCAUGUAAAUAACAGGUUUUAUAUAUCUUCAAUACUUGAUUAUCUAUAAUACUCAUUGUUUUUAGUUUUAUUUCAGUAUAUACUUUUUUCAUAUUAUUCCACUGGAUCAAUUACACACUGAAAAUCUA